AUGAACAAGAGGGGCUUUGAUAGCAAUGCCACAGGGGCGCGCGCGCUCCUCCGCCACUCUAUACCUUUCUCCCCCGGCAGGCUCUCGGUCGGCCGUAGGCAGAGGCGGCGGGUAGGGAGUCGGCCUGUCCGCUCCUCACCCUGCGGGCGGCCCGGGCGGCCUCUGCGGCCGGCGCGCGAGCCCUUUAAGAGCUCCACCAGCCGAGCUGCAUCCCCGGGAGAAGCCAAGAAGGUAAAUAGCAGCUGCUGUGCUCGAGCCUGGGAAAACCCCGCCCCCUGCGCCUGGCCUGGGCUCAUUGGCGCGCGCUGCGUGUGGGGUGUGUGUGCAUGUGUGUGUGCGUGCGUGUGUGUGUGUGUGUCCGGGGGCCCCCCCUCCUCCGGCCCGGGCGAGCCAAGAAUCCGUGGGGGUGGCGGGUCGGGAGCCGGGCCCCGCGCUAACCUCCCCUCCUCCCCCAGCCCCCGGCCAAGGUCAGCCCUUCCGGGCAGGAGAGCGCUCGCCCCAGGGUGGCGAGCUGGGAAUUCGUCCCAACACCCGCCCUCCUCCCACCACCACCACCACCACCACCACCCCCAGCCAGCCUGGACUCCGAUCUUGGGGUUUGAGCGCGGCCGAAACCUCCUCGGCGACUGCGGCGGGGGUGGAGUGGGGGGAGGGACCCGGGUGGCCGCCGCGGUCACGAGAUGCCUGACCGCACUUAGGAAGCGGCCGGGUCAGCCUCCUGCCUCCGCUCAGCGGCUGCGGUUACAGAGGCUUCGCGCCGCCCGCCCGCCCGCCCCUUCCCCGGCUCCCUCGCUGCGUCCAGGAGGCCGCCGGCGGACGGCGGGGACGAGACGGGCGGCUGCGUGCUGCCGGCUGGCCGGGCCGCGCGCCGGGAGGAGUCGCCGCGGCCGCCGCCGGGUGCCACGUGGCGGGCGCCGGGCCGGGAGCGCCAGGGCUCUGGCGGCGGCCUCCCUGGGGGAUUUGCCGCACGGCGCGGGCGAUCUGGUCCCGGAUGAGAUGAAGUGGUUCGUUGACUGCACGACCUUGGCCUGGACCAAUGGGGUAGGACUCUCCUUUCAUAUUCUAAACAGAUGGGAAGGUGGUGAUGACAGAGAAUUCCCGGGUGCCUUUUCAACAGUGAGGUUUUCCUGGGUUCUUGAAACCCUCUUGGUGAAAGCCUGCCAGGGUUGCUGCCUUGCCAAGAGCUAUCCUGGUAGGGUGAUUGAAAGAGCUUUGACCCUUUCAGACUCCGUGAGAAAAAUGAAGCCCAAGAGAGAAGAGACGUGUUUGCCUUUCCUCCGGGGCGGCAGCCAGCUCCUUGCAGCUGGGAGUGUCCAGAGAUACUUUCGACAUUCCAGGCAUCCUGUGCCUGCAUGUUCAUCUGUGGGUGCUUCCUGGCGACACCACACCUGAGCUAGAAUAAGAGUCUUGGAACUCAUCACAGAAUUCCCGAGCAGAGCUUCUCAUCAGCUGAACAGUCCCUGAAAAGGAGUUGGAAUUUCUUCUUCUAUAUGCCCCUUUAUGUCCAGCAGGUGUCUAAUAAAUAU